AUGGCUGAAAUACUUUGCAAGAAGAUUCCCUACACGUUCCAGGAUCCGACGCUCUUGGACACGCGGUCCUUUAUAGGGGGCAAAUGGGUCGACGCUGUCAAUGGGGCCAAAUUCCCCGUGCUUGACCCGACCGACAACGAGAAGAUAUGCGAGGUCGCCGACCUGGGCCGCGAAGAGACCCGGCAGGCGCUCGAGGCCGCGCAGACGGCGUUCAAGACGUACAAGAAGACGACGGCGCGCGAGCGGCGGUGGCUGAUGCGGCGGUGGGCGGACCUGAUCAAGCAGGCGCGCGACGACCUGGCGGCCAUCUGCACGCUGGAGCUGGGCAAGCCGUACACCGAGUCGCACGUCACGGUCAAGUACGGGACCGACUUCAUCGACUGGUUCGAGGGCGCCAUCGAGCGGCAGUACGGCGAGACGAUCCCGGCGGCCAAGGGCGAGAACCGCAUCUUCACCAUCCGCCAGCCCCAGGGCGUCGUCGCGGCCAUCACGCCCUGGAACUCGCCCAUCGCCAUGGUGACGCGCAAGGUCGGCGCGGCCAUCGCGGCCGGGAACACAGUCGUCUGUAAGCCCGCGCCCGAGACGCCGCUGUGCGCCAUCGCCGUGGCCAAGCUGUUCGAGAGGGCCGGCGGGCCCCCCGGCGUCUUCAACAUCGUCACCUCCAGCUCGGCAAGGUCGGCCCAGGUCGGCGAGGAGUUUACCCAGAACCCCAUCGUACGCCACCUGAGCUUCACCGGCUCGACCGCGGUCGGGCGCUACCUGCACGCCGAGUGUGCAAAGACGUUCAAGAAGACCAGCCUUGAGCUGGGCGGGAAUGCGCCCUUUAUCAUCUUUGAGGAUGCGAAGCUCGACAAGGCCGCCGAAGGCCUCAUCUCGUCCAAGUUCCGCUCCUCGGGCCAGACCUGCGUGUGCGCGAACCGGAUCUUCGUGCAGCGGUCCAUCAUCGACAAAUUCGCCGCGGUGCUGGCAGAGAAGCUGGAAAAGACCUUCCGCUACGGCUCCGUGUGGGAUAAGCAGGUCAACUUUGGCCCGCUGUACUCGCCCAAGGCGUUUGAGAAGAUCGAAGCGCAGAUCAAGGACGCCCUGGCCAAGGGGGGCAAGAUUUUUGCGAGCGGCGGCAGCACCACCACCACCACCACCACCACCGGAGGAGAAGAAGGAAAAGGCAAAUACGGACCCAACUUCUACCCGCCCACCAUCGUCACGGACGCGACGCGCGAGAUGCUCUUCAUGAAGCAAGAGACCUUUGGGCCUCUGGCGUUUCUGGUCCCCUUUGACGGCGAGGACGAGGCCGUGGCGCUGGCCAACGACACGAGCGCGGGGCUGGCCUCCUACUUCUACACCGAGGACAUCUCGCGCCUGUGGCGGGUCGGCGAGGCGCUCGAGUCCGGCAUGGUCGGCGUGCGCGUCGGGCUGAUCAGCGCCUGCGAGCAGCCCUUCGGCGGCGUCAAGGAGAGCGGUGUCGGCAGGGAGGGCGGCCGGGAUGCGUUGGACGAGUACACCGAGAUCAAGAGCAUUACCGUCGGCCUCUGA